CUCGGUGGUUUAGCUUAUGAGUCGGCUGUGAGUUGGUGUUGAUCGCAUUUAAAUGUCGGCCGCGGACGAGCGUGGUCAACUGCGGAACAAAUGAUUCGGUGUCGUGAGAGUUUCAUACCUACGCAGAUUGUGAUCGCGUGAAGCUUACGAUUUUAGUUAGCGCAUCUUGUUCUAGUAUGUCCUGUAAAUAUAUCGCGCCAUAUUUAAUAAUUAACGAAUGUGAUAAACGGGGCCUAUUUUAAUUGUAGCAGUAAUAGUACUUUAAGUAAGGGGACAAGCCUAUUGUUUUUGUGGUACAAGAAGUGUGUGAUAUAUAUUAUUUUAAUACUUGUUUCAAAAAGGUAGGGUAAGAUGAAGUACCUCUGAGGCAAGAUGGAGUAAUAAGAUGAAUGGGGUGAUGGGUACAUCGCAGCUGUGCUGGUAUAUAUGAAGUCAGUACAAGCAUGGCGGCAUUUAAUGUAGUCAACGUCGUAUUAGGAUGUGUCAUGGCACUUCUUAUCAUACUAUUCACAAUCAGCUCUAUCGCCAGAUAUCACAUAAAGUUCACACUGUUCGUGGUUUUGUCACUGAUAUUUGCAACUCUUCCAAUUCCUUUGAUGCUUUUAAGACCGUUUGAUCCAAAGAACGCUUUAAUACCAGCCGCUCUGCUCAGGUUGACUGCUAGAAUACUUGGUAUCCGGUUUACAGUUCGAGGACUGGAGAACGUGGAUAACUCCCGGGGAGCUGUUAUUUUAUUGAACCAUCAAAGUGGAAUUGACCUUUAUGUGCUAGCGCAAUUAUGGCCUCUAAUGGCGAGAUGCACAGUGGUGUCGAAAAAAUCACUGCAGUACUUGGUGCCAUUCGGGACAGCGGCAUGGCUUUGGGGCACAGUGUUUAUUGACCGUGGCGCGCUGUCCGCUCGCGAAGCACUCAACAAACAAUCCGAGGCUGUCAGAGAUCACAAGCGUAAAUUACUGCUGUUUCCGGAAGGAACGAGACAUUCUGGCGAUAAACUUUUACCGUUCAGAAAGGGCGCCUUCCACGUGGCCUUGGAUGCUAAUGCACCCAUACAACCUGUGGUUGUUUCUAAAUAUCAUUUUCUGGAUGCGAAACGUCGACGUUUUGGGUCAGGUGAAGUUAUCAUUUCAAUACUACCUUUGAUCGAGACUGAAGGUGUAGCAAAAGAAGACAUUCAGACGCUGGUGGAUAACGCUCAGCUCAAAAUGCAAGAAGAAUUCACGAGGACGACGGCGGAAACCGCUUCAAGACGAGUCCUCCAUGCUAAGGCUGAUUAAUUGAGGUACCUAUUUGAGAAAGAUUUUAGAUACUAUUGAAUAGCUGUGAUAAAUACUUACAUUGUAAAGUUUAGUUUUGGCGUUUAAUUUCUAUUUACAUGUGUUGUUGUGUAUAUAUUUUAUAAAUAAAUAAAUUUUAAAAUA